GUCAUUGGAGACAGCAUGGCUGACAGGGAGAAACUCAUUUCUGAUGCUUCCUUUGGGGCUCCAGCAAAUGCUCACAAGAAGAAAGACAGCGCAGGGCUGCCCUGGUGUUUUGCGAGUGGCUUCCUAUUGUUUUGGGUACUUUUGUUCUUUGCCGUAGUAAUUCCGUUUUUCUAUCGCUUGCCCACGGCUCUGACAAUCGAUGACGCGAACAAUAAUCAAUUUAUAGCACAGCGUGCAUACAAACAGUUGUACAGCUUAUCUAAUAUAGGUCUGAAAAUGCUUGGCAGUAACGGAAAUGAGAUCGAGGCUGUGCAGUUCCUGCUGAAGGAGUUAAACCAAAUCAAAGAAGCUGCGCUGCAAGAUUAUUUCGAUAUGGAAAUCGAUCUAUCACAGGCCUCUGGAACUUUUGCCCUGAAACAUUCACUGCGAGUCUACCAAGGGGUACAAAAUAUUGCCGUGAAGCUAACGCCCAGAAACAGCUCGAGUGAGUCCUAUCUCCUCGUGAAUAGUCACUUCGAUUCCAAGCCAGCAACUCCGUCAGCUGGCGAUGCCGGCUUUAUGAUUGUCACAAUGCUGGAAGUUCUGCGUAUUAUUGCAACAACAAAACAAACUAUCCAGCAUCCAAUCGUAUUUCUAUUCAAUGGUGCUGAAGAAGGUGCUCUCGAGGGCUCGCAUGGCUUUAUAACGCAACACAAAUGGGCGUCGAAUUGCAAAGCCGUCGUUAAUCUCGAUGCUGGGGGCAGUGGUGGGCGAGAGGUACUAUUUCAGAGUGGACCCAAUCACCCAUGGUUGGUAAACUAUUACAAAAAAUAUAUUAAAUAUCCCUUCGCUACAACUAUGGCGGAGGAAGGUUUCCAGUCGGGCACAAUCCCAUCGGAUACAGACUUUCGACAGUUCAACAAGUAUGGCAAACUACCAGGCUUGGAUAUGGCGCAAUGCAUAAAUGGCUUUGUAUAUCAUACAAAGUACGACGUGAUUGACAUAAUUCCGCUAGAGUCCCUCCAGAACACUGGCGAUAAUAUUCUCAGCUUGGUGCGAGGUUUGGCCAAUGCAACAGAACUGCACGAUACAGAGGCACACGAGGCUGGUCACGCAGUCUUCUUCGAUUUCCUGGGCCUCUAUUUCAUCCAUUAUUCAGAGACAACGGGCAUAUUUAUAAAUCUUGCUGCUGCUGCAGCUGCCUUGAUUUUUGUAUUCCUAUCGAUGUGGCGCAUGUCGGCUGUCUCCCAUGAAUCAUUUUCGAUUGUGGCACACAGUUUUAUAUUCAUUUUGAUCAUUCAGACGAUCUCCUGCGUACUCGGUCUGGCACUUCCCCUAAUUGUGGCACAUGUAAUGGAUAAUUGGGAACUUUCGCUCACUUACUAUAGCAGCCCCCUGCUGCUGAUCGGCUUAUAUGUAAGCCCAUCACUUAUUGGUCUUAGCUUGCCCUUGACUAUCUAUUUUUCAUUUCAACACAACGCUAAAAUAUCAAGAUCCUAUCAGCUUCAAUUGGCAUUGCAUGGUCAGGCUGUUGUCCUGGCUGUCUUAACAAUUGCUCUUACGGCUUACGGAUUGAGAACUGCGUAUGUGCUGGUGAUUCCACUUAUAUUCUAUGUGCUAGCAUUGGCCUUGAAUUUAUUAACUACGCUGCAUGAUCGAGGCUUUGCAUGGACAGGUUUGCUGAAGGUCAGCCAGAUAGUUCCAUUCCUGUACAGCAGCUACCUCUUCUACUUCUUUAUUGUGGUGCUGACUCCAAUGGGUGGUCGUUCAUUUAGUUCAUCGAACCCGGACAUAAGCAUUGCUCUCCUAACCGCAGCAGGAACGAUAUUUUCAUUUGGUUUCUUGGUACCACUAAUCAACACUUUUCGGCGUCCCAGCUUUGUGGUGCUCACUUUAAUUACUGCCACGGCUCUUACUUUGUACCUAGCCAGUAGCACGCACAUCGGAUUUCCUUAUCGAGCCAAAACCAAUGGACAGCGAGUUGCAUAUUUGCAAGUACGAAAUAUAUUCUACGAAUACGAUGGAACUCUCAGCCGGGAUGAGUCUGGUUAUUUGUUUAACUUUCAAGAUCGACUCAAGGAGAAGCCACUCCUGGGCACAAGCGUGAAUUUGACCGGCUUGAUAAGUCUUAAAUCGAAAUGCGAGCAGCAUAUGAUGUGUGGCAUGCCCUUAUAUGAUUCGACUUAUGUCCUGAAUCGCCAUGAAGCCAAAUGGUUGCCCCGCCUUGAUCCUAUCGAGCCGCCGGCGCGGACAGAGCUUAGCCUGCUAAGCAAAACCAUUCAGAAUACCACAACUGUCCGAUUUGAGUUCAAUUUAACGGGUCCGCCUCAAAUGAAACUGUUUAUCCAACCCUAUGAAGAUGUCUUACUGAGCAACUGGUCCUUUUUGCAAAUCUAUCUAGAGACCCCAUUAGUACCGCCCCUGCCUUACUUUAUCUCAUUUAGCUAUGGCAUAGAUAGGUCCCCAUUGCACUUCUUCUUGGAAUUUACGAAACCGAACGGAGACUUUGAUGUGCCGUUGUUCCAGCUGGGCGUAUCUGGUCACUAUAUCGGCCAUCAGGGUGAUGCGCAGAGUGCAAAAUUCGCAUCUUCGUUUCCCCCAUAUGCAAUUCUGGAGCAGUGGCCCGCACUUUACCAGCGAUUCAUAUUUUAAAUGAAAGUCAAAAUGAUUGAAUGGACGAAAAAGUGUAGAGUAGACUGGAAUAAACAUACA